AUUUGACGUUAAAAAAAAAAAAAUAAUAAAGUAAAAAAUAAGAAAAAGAAAAAAUAUAAGGGAACGAUGAAACGCAAAACAAGUAUUUUGUCGUUGGUCGUUUAGUCAGCGCAAUUAUGCUUGAUACUUAACAUUUUGAUAUAUAUUAAGCGCAAUUGACAUUUAUAAAUAAUUAUUUAAUUUAAUAUUACUCCAUAUAUAUAAAUAUCAUAACUAAAUAUAAUUAUUAAUAACAAAUUAUUUAUUUGUGGGGAUAAUAAGUGUUAUUUUUAAAGUGUGUGCUGUACGUGUGGAAUAUGGUUGAAAAUGUGUAGCAAUAUCUCCAAGUACCUUACGACCAAUCGAGUGUCUCUUGUUGAAGAAAUUUAAAUUAUUUUUUAAAUAAAUUUAUCAAUCAUUUACGUCUUCGUGUCCCAGUUUACCUGAUCACCAUCAUUAUAUUAUUCAAGUAUCAAGUCAUCUUGAUAAUUAACUCGUGUCUGAAAGGUCACGAGCUACGAGGAAAAAUAAAAUAUUUAAAAAAAAAAGACGAUAAGAGGAAGAGGAAGUGAGUGAAAAAAAGUUGAUAGUAAUAAUAAAUCUUCAAUGCAGUAUUAAAAAUUAAUAAUAUAUAUUUAAAUGUUUUAUUUAUAAUUACAAUGAUACUAAUAUUUAGUACAUCGUAAUGCCAGAUAUUUGCAAUGCAAACGCUAACACCUUAAUCGAAAUGAUUAGACGGGCAGCUAAAAAUAGUACACUCGUGGAAGCAACUUGGAUCGUAUGAUAAAAAAAAUAAUAAAUAAUAAUAAUAAUACGAGUUAAUAAUAACAUUGAAAGUAAUCUAUGCAGGAUAAAUAAAUUUUUUAUAAAUAAAUUUAUUGAGUAAGAUAAAAAUAAGUUAACUUGGUUAAUAUAUUUUUUAGACAAGUGAAGAUUACUGGGAUUAUUAUUUCAUAGUUGGAUGUUAUCAUGCGGAGACUUGAAGCCUACGCCCUGUUAGAUUUAUUUGAAAAUUAUUCAAUUAAUAAAACAAAAUUAACGAAUGACCUGUACCCUUAAUUUUUAUUACUGGAUACGGUGAUUGUCAUAAAUAGUAAGAGAUUUUUUUGAAUUUAUUUAUAAAGUGUGAACGCUUUUAUUAUUAAAAAGUAGAUCCCAUUGUUGUGAUCAAGUGUGGCUAUGGUUGUGGCAAGCAGUGGGUGGAUACAAAAUGCCAAUUUUCCUUCAAACCAAAGUGAUAGUAACUUAAAUUCCGAUACUGCGGUGGAUAAUAAUAAUAAAAUGACUGCCAAAGGUAUACUUAUAUGCAGGGAUAAUUCCCACGCGUUUCAAGACAGGACACUUAAUCUCGAUCAGCCGGUUAAAAUUGGUAGAUCUGUUGCUAGAACACGUGCUGCUAAUGAUAAUGCGAUAUUCGAUUGCAAGGUACUGUCACGUAAUCAUGCAUUACUGUGGUACAAUGCGGGUAAAUUUUUUCUUCAAGAUACGAGAAGUAGCAAUGGGACUUUUGUUAAUAAUCAGCGGCUCAGUGCAACUGGUUCUGAGUCCGCUGCUAAAGAAGUCUGCUCUGGUGACAUCGUACAAUUUGGCGUUGACGUGGUAGAGAGCACGAAAAAAGUAACACACGGUUGUAUUAUAGCGACUUUGAAGUUGUAUCUGCCGGACGGUAAGGAGGCCAAAGCUAGCAGAAGUAUGUAUAUGACAAGCGCUGCUGGAGAUGUUACACUUGAGGACCUUUAUAAGCUUAAUCAAUACGUCCAAGAGGCCAGCAGACGUGAAAAAGUAUUGCAGUCAAAGUUGGCUUAUCUUGAGAAGCUUGUGGACAAUACCAAGAAGGCCGCAAGUCAGUCUUGGAAGGCGUUGAUUGAUGAAGAUCGUUUGCUUUCGCGGAUAAAAACUGUCGAGAGUCAAUUGAUUGUUUAUACGAAAAAUUACAGCGAGGAUAAAGUAAGAAAUGAAAUACUUAAAUUGGAGGAAGAAAAGUCGCAGUAUCAGAUUGCGGCGAAAGAGGCACUGGAGAAAGUACAUCAGGAAAAACUUCAAGUUACUGAAAAAUUAAUAAAUCUUGAGAGCCGAUUGAAUGAAACUGAAGAAGAAUGUCAGAGUUUGCAUGAAAUUGCUAAACACGCUCAACUGGAAUUACAAGAGCUGGCUGCCAAGUACUCAAAUGCACAGAAAAAUUUAGCACAAGUCGAAGCUACAUUAGCAGAUAAAGAACAAGCCUCAUCGGAAAUGGUAGAGUGGGCUAUGCAGCAAAAAGAAGAUUUAACGCGGAAGGUAAACCACCAUUCGGAAAUCGGUCAAGUGCUUCAUCAUAAGCUUGAUAUGAAUCGUCUUGACUCGAUGAAAAUUCACAAAAAAAUAACUGGCCUUAAAAAUUACAUGCAAACAUUGAAAGAUAUUAAUGCUAAAUUAUUAUCUGAAGAGUCAAAGGAUGGUGUCAAUCCAAUUGAAAUAAUAAAUGCCAUUCUUGAGACACUAAAUGGCAUGAUAGCUGAGACCGAGACAAUCGAUAUUUCACCAGACAAACUUAAAAGUUUUACUGAACGUGAGUCUUUCAUGUCGAGAAAUAUGGAAGAUGAGUACGCUAAAUAUAUUGUGCCACCGUCAUCCCGCACAACGAUAAACGGCAAAAGCGAUGACAAUCACACGGAAAAAUCCGAAAUGUCGGAACAAGAUGAUGAUGGUACUGAAGUUAAUUACGACAGUUCAAGUACAACAAGUGAAGAUACUCAUAGUCUUGUUGGUAGCGAAGAAUCAAAUGAAGAAAAAUCAGUCGUCGAAAUAAAACCAGUAAAUGAUACUAGUCUGACUGGCGAGCGAUCGGAAGUCACUAAUAAAUUAGAAGUUAAAUUUGCAGAUGACAAUGGUAAAGAACUAGUUGAGAGCUAUCAUCAUCAUUAUCAUCAGCAGCAUCAUCAUCAUCAUUCAAAUGAUAACAACUCUGAGAAUGAUUGGUCAGAAUCUCCGUCUGCAAAUGAUUCUGCUGAGUCUAUUCCUGCUACGUCACCGUCCACACUAAUGAAUUCUACCAUCGGUAGUGAGGAUGAUUUUAAUUCAGACAAUGAAAAAUUACCAUCAAAUGACGACAAGGAAGAGGUGAUUGAAGAAAAAGAAAAAGAAGAAACAGAAACAGAUGGGGAUUACAUAAAAACACUUAAACCAGUUGUUAAAACAACUUGCGAUUGUUCAUCUCAGUCUUUACACACUCGUGAAUAUAUUCUUGAUUUGUUCAUGUCUUCAUUGGAUUCACUCGACAAUGACGAUGACGCAGAAGCUCAACAGACUGUUAAAAAAGAAUUGGAUCAAGUACGCAGUUGGUUUGUCAAUGAAUCAAGCGAUUUGCUGAUUGAUAAACUAAAGGAAUUUUAUUAUAGAGCUAAAAAUGAAAAAUCACGCACCCAAGAAAUAAAUGAACAAUUAGUUAUACUUAAGGAGAAAUUUAAUACGUGUAAUGAAGAUAAAAAUGAUAUAGCCAAGCAAUAUGCGACAUUAAAAAACCAGUGCGGUGAUUACAUCAACACAAGUUACAGUGUUCCCAUCCAAUUUAUUGCGCCAAUAAUAAUCGCCUUGUUGUGGCUGCUGAUGGAAAAAAUGUUCUAAUUAACACGAUUAUUAAUUAAUAUUAAAACAUAAAUGUAUAUAGUAAAUUUACCACGUGAUUAAAUAAUAUUAUUAAUAAUAAUAAAAUUAAAAAUAAUAAUAAUAUUUAUCGUAUUCUUUCAUCGAUUGUUGUAAAUAUUCGUAUGAAAUAAUAAUACUUCUAACACCGCGAAUUUUUCAAAUAAUAUUUAAUAAGUUAUAAAUUAAUAUAAAUAAUGAAAUUUUGUAUGAGUGAAUAAAACAAACGCAAUUGACUUGUCAUUGUAGUCAAUUAAAAAUAAAACAAUGUAAUGUAAAAUUUAAUUCAUUAUAAAAGUUAAUUAUAAAUGUAAUUAGAUAUUAAUCAGGGGACAAUACUUGUAUGUUCAAUAAGCUGCCAAUUUCUAAUAUCAAUUAAAAUUUUUUUAAUUAUAUAAAUCGAAAAAAAAAUGUUUCUUUAUUCUUUAAUAAUAAUUUAGUCAUUGAUUAUUUUUAGACACUUGCGUAUCAAAAUUUAGGUAUUCUCAGAUUGCCCCUACUUUUUUUUAAUAUUCAAUGACGUCAAGCUGUCAGUAUGGAAAUUAUUAAUUAAUUAACAGUAUAAAACUUUUAAGCGUUAAUUGAAAAAAACAACGCAGUUAUAAUUAUCGCAAAGAUAUAGAUUUGAAAAAAAAAAAAAUUACUUACAGUUAGGAGUUUAAUAAAAUUUGGUAAUUAAAUUUUAGUCAACAAAAUUUUAUUUUUCAAAUUAUAAAAUUGUUAUGAAGAUUUUACUGAAAUUUUCCAAAUUUCGUUUAACUCCCAAUUGAUACACAGAAAAAAAAAGAAUUUCUUGGCGUAAGAAAAAUUUUGCAUGAAAAUGAAAAACAAAAUUUUUCUGAGGACGAAAAAAUUUUCCUAGAAUCAUAAUUCAAAAAAUUUCUUAGGGCAAGUACAGUAAGUAAUUUUUUUAAAAACCUAUCGUCGAAAUUGAAACCGCCUUUUUUUAACUAAUGCUUAAACUUUCAUUCAAUUAAUUAACAAAAUUUCAAUACCGUACUGUCAGUUCGUCAUUUAAAAUUUAAAAAAAAUGGGACCGUCUGAAAAUAAUCUUAAGUGUAGUGUAAAUAUAUAUACCAUCUAAUAUAUAUUUAAUGUAUUAGUUUCAUAAAACUUAAAUGUUUUUUCGUCCAAUAAUUUAUUUAUCUUUUUAUACUUCUAAUUAAUAUAAAUUUAAAAUAAAAAAAAAAUAAUUAAUUCGGACAUGUAUAAACAUCGAAAAUAUUUUGACAUUAAUUUUAAUUAAACGCCGAUAUUUAUUAUAAUUAUUUACAUUUAAGUAUACAUAUUAGUUAGUGGAUCAUUUAAUAAAUUACAAUAUAUAUAUACAUAUAAAUUAAUUGUAACUUUUAAAACCAAUACACUUUUUUGUAUUUAGUAUUAUUAUUAUUUUUUUUUUAUAUAAAUUUUAUAUUAAACAUCGUAGUGUAGUCGUGCUAAAGAGAUUUAUUAAAUAUUAAUAUUAAUGUUGAUUUAAGAAAAAGGAAGAGGAAUAAAUUAAUGACAUAAUCGUACUUCGUUAAAACGAACAAAAAGCCUAUGAGCAUUUUUCCUAUGCUUCACUGGCCUCAAUUUUUCUAUUAAUUUUUUUUAAAUUAAUUAUUAUGUAGAAAGUAGUGCCAUGUGUUGUUUUUUUAUUUCCGCGUAACUUUAAUAAUUUAUACCAUUUAAAAUGACGAUGAUAAUUAUAAUAAUUAUUAUUUAUUAUUAUUAUAAAGUCAAUCAAUAAAUAAAAAAAAAGGAAAAGAAAACGUAACAAAUAUUUAUAUAAUUUUUAUUAAGUUUUUCACUCGCCUACUUCGCUUGAACAUACAUAAUAAAAUAUAAAAUAAAUUUAUUUAAAGUAAUUUUAAUUAGUAAUAAUUUAUCCUGUAUAUAAAUAAUAUUGUUGAACUAUCAUACCUGCUAUGUAACAAUUAUUAUCAAUAUAAAAAGUUGAAUAAAAUAAAUUUCAUUAAAAUUCACGUCCAUUAUAUUCUUGACACACUAAUUUUAAUUAGAUGCUACAUUUAAUUUAGAGAGUAAUAAAUCUUGCUACGGACUUAUUUAUGAUAUGAAUUGGGGGCAAUUUUAUUGUAAUUCAAAAAAAAAAAAUAUUUAGCGCAGCGGAACUUUAGCCUUCUAUUGAUAAUUAUCAGCGGAUAAGACAAUGGAGUACGAAUGAAGCGGAAAAUAAAAAAUUCAUCAGGAGAGGCUAAAAUGGCAGGUGGGACAUCUGUAACGACAGGUGGAAGCGAGUCACCACCUAAUAGUCGUGUGUGUCGGGACUUUCUGCGUAAUGUUUGUCACCGAGGUAAACGAUGCAAGUAUUUGCACGAACGUUCUGGUGAAACCCC